AUGAUAGAGUUGGGUCACCUCAAGCGUCAGGACUUCUGGAUCUCCAUAAAAGUGUGGAACUCUUUCCACAGCCGAGAGCUGGUCCACAAACAAACCAAAACGUCGCUCAAGAACUUAGGCCUCGAUUACAUCGAUCUCUUACUAAUGCAUUAUCCGACGGGAUAUGCGUUCACUGAAUCCAAUCACAAGCUAUGGUUCCCUACUUACCGACCCUUCCGAAAAAGAUUAACGAUAAGGGCGCUCACACUCAUCCGGACUAUCCGUUUCAUGAAUCCAAUAGAUCCGAGUAUUGCCGUCCAUAAUGAGUACGACUACUGCACCCUAACAAAGCUCAGGAGAUUUGACACAGGAACAUUUGAAAAGUUUUAG